ACUACAGAUCGUUGAAAAGUGUGUUCGAAUUCGUUAAAGUUUUCUCAAGAAUAACUGCAAAAUGAUACAGACUAAGAAACGGUCCGUUUCAGAAAACUCCGUUUCCGAAUCAGGCAAACCGGUAAAGAAGCUGAAGAACGGAGACGCUGUGAAAAAGGUCGUUGUGAAACCAGACGGUAAAGUAAAGAAAGACGGAGUGACCGGCAAACCUAAAUUCCAAAAGAAUGAUGGCACUAAAUCAAUCGCCGGCAAGGCGGGCGGAAAGUUUGAAAAGAAACAUUCUCCUGGUGGAAAAUCGGGUACACUACCGGUCAAGAACAAGUUCGUAGCAAAUACGCCCGAGUCGAAGAAAGAGUACUGGAACAGUAUGAAGGCGAAACAGAAGGAACUGCGACAGGCACGCCGGCAGAACAAAGCGAAGGAGCUGUACGAGCUAAGCGUUAGUGCGAAAAAAAUCUACGACAAGCUGAAUCGUAGAAAUGCCGAAAACAAGGAGGAGCUCGUCCAGAAGUUGCACGAGCUGCUUGGGAAGGAAAAUGCAUAUUCUAAGAUCGCGACAACGCACGAUACGGCUCGAGUCAUUCAAUGCAUGGUAAAGAAUGCUUCUGAAAGCAUUCGUGAUGAGAUUGCCACGAGUCUGCUGCCUUCGCUGUGCGAACUGGCGACGUCCAAAUACGGGCAUCACUGCAUUACGAGCUUGUUUAAGCAUGGAACGAAACAGCUGUGGAUGCGUGUGGUGGACGAGAUCAUAAAGCACGUUAUAAAGUUGGUAAAUCAAGCAUUUGCUGGAGCCAUUGUCGAUGCCGCCUAUAACGAGUACGCUACGAACGACCAGCGAUCGCUGAUGCGGCAACCGUUCUAUUCGGAUCUAUACCAACUGGAGAAGGAUCGCAGCAUACAGACGAUAAAGGACUGCUGGAAGACGAACGGGUACAUGAAGAAGAGCGUACUGAUGACAGUAAAAGGCCAUCUCGUGCAAGCGGCCAACAAAAAGUGCACCGACAAUAGUCUCAUUCAUGCACUGCUGGCCGAAUUCCUCCCGGAAGCGGGAGAACAAGAGCGCGCGGAAGUAAUCGAGCUCUAUCUGCCCCUAUUGGCGUCGAUUUCCAGCACACGAGAAGGUACCGGUGCGGCCAUUUUCUGCUUCCUACGCUCAGUGGUCAAAGAACGCCGUGCGGCACUGAAAGCCAUGAAACCGUACAUAGAAAAAAUGACAAUCCAUGAGCACGGACAUCGGUUGGUCUUGUGUGUGUUGAACUGUUAUGAUGACACAGUCAUCCUAGGGAAACAGGUGGUCACCCCCAUCAUGCAGCAGCUAGAAACGAUCGUCGGAACGGGCGAGUGGGGUCGAAAAGUAGUUGGAUGGAUUUUCUCACCCGCAGAUAAGGAUCUGCUGCAUCCGGCCCAGAUCGAGAUGCUCGAUGGCUACCUCGAGCACAGCAAAAAGGAUAAGGACAUUCGGCGCAAGGAGUUAUUUGCAUCGGCUGAGGCAGCAUUUUGUCAGCAGGUGGAAAAUAAUCCCAACUUUUGGCUCCGUGGUGGCCACACUGCACUUCUAACAGCCGCUAUAUUAAAGAACUAUUCUGGAGAACACCUGGCACGUUUGCACCGGGCUCUGGCGAAGGUGGUGUGCGAUCCGGAAUGGAAAGUGCACGAGAACGAAAUUAACCUUGACGGCUCGAUCCUGUCCGUGGAGGCCGUGAAAAAGCCGAAGGAGAAUGAAAAACCUGCCGGCGAACGGAAGAUCAAGAAGUUCAAGAAAAGUCCAUUCGAGGAGGAGAAAGCUGCUUCACGCGAAAAACAAUUGGCCGCCAAUCCGCUGGUUAACGGUGUAGAACAUGCUGGCAUACACAUUGCGCUAAAGAAAAUGCUUAAAUUGGACCAAGAGAAGCGACAGCAGGACGGUGAAGACGUUUCGCAGUUUGGACAAGCGCUUGUCGAAGCCCUGACCGACGAGCGGUUGAGCACGUGGAUUGCCCAAAAUAGGCCGUCUUUCCUGCUACUGCUUACAUUCGAAAAUUCUACCGUGGCCGUACAGAAAAUGCUGCGUGAGAAGUUGCUGCCAUUGAAGAAGCAACUAAAGGCGCAGACACAUACGGGAGGAAAACUGUUGGUCGAAAAACUGAAAUUUUAG